AUGAAGGUUCUGAAGACCGCAUCACAAUCAACAGAAUUUAUAGAAAAGUUGUACAGCAUGCUGGAAGAUGUUCAGAAUCAACCGUACAUUCAAUGGACAGGGCAGGGGACAAGUUUUCUCAUAAUAAACCCGACGGAUUUUGGCAGGUGCAUGCUAAACAAGCACUUUAAGCAUGGAAACUUAAGCUCAUUUGUUCGGCAGCUAAACAAAUAUGACUUUCACAAGAUAAAGAGCCAAGAGUGUAUUUUAAAGCAGUUUGGGCAGCAGGUGUGGGAGUUCAAGCACAAUUAUUUCCAAAGGGGGCGAGACGACAUGUUAAAGCAUAUAGUGCGGAAGAAAAGCAAUGCAGACAAGCGGUUUAAGACGUCUCGAGAGAUGAGCUCGGACAAUUUAGAGGCCUCUAACAGAAUACAGUCCCAGAUUAUUGGAACACUAAAAAUGCUUACUGUGCAUUUUCAAGUGCUAGUAGAGGAAGUAAAUGAUCUGAAAAGAAACCUGAGCAAGAAGGACGUUCUCUUCAAGGAGAAUGUAAGUGCUCUUGUUGCCGAGGAUAACGUUACGUGUAGCUCCUAUGCAGGUGCAAUUCUUCGAAAAAUAGGAUGCUCUGCAGACAUUAUCGAGCAGGAGAAGGACAUUCUUGUAAAAUUGUCCGAAACCAAGUACGAUAUUGUUUUUCUGAGUCUUCAGAUUCCAAGCAUACAAAAAAUUCUCUCUGCUUUCAGACAGUAUGACGAAAUAACGCCGGUUAUUCUGACUAUCGACGGGCUGGCCCAGGAAGAGUACAUUUCUGUUUUGGGCGCGGGAGCAAAUGACAUUUUGGUUAAGCCAUACCAUCAGAAUGCAAUGGUUCAGCUUAUGAUGAAAUACUGCUACAACCAAAGAACAAAUGCUCCGAUCCAUACAAAGCCGAUCUCUAACAACCUUUCUAUUUGGUAGUGGUACUGCAUGUAUAAAUACAACUCAC